AGCAGCUGUCGCUGCGCUCCCCGGCCGGGCGCUGGGGGAGCGGGCGGCUCUUGCGGAGCUGGGCCAUGAGGUGAGCCAGGCCUCGUCGGGAGUGGCAGGUUUCCAUUGCCUGAUCUGUAAACAUGUCUACAGACCUGCUAUGGUGUGAGGAUUGCGGUAAAAGCCUUGUAGGAGAAUGCAAACUCCACGGACCACUCAUCAGGGCUAAAGAUAGGGUUAUUCCUAGCCGAGCCCGUCUCACCCUACCUCAUUACCUCACUUUGCGAGUGUUGGAGCUGCGAGCUGGAAACCAGCAGAUCCUUGGAGUAUUUGCAAAGAAAGUAAUACAGAAGAGAACACAGUUUGGUCCUUAUGUUGGUCAACUGUCUACAAAACUGACCUGCUAUGAUGAGAGCAGACUAGUACUGCAGGUAUUGAAAGAUGGAGGGAAGUACUUUCUGGACACUCCCAAUGAAGACUGUGGAAACUGGAUGAUGUUUGUCCGGCUAGCCCGGAACCAAGAAGAACAGACCCUUGUGGCUUAUCAGCACUGUGGAGAAGUCUACUUCACAACUGUUAAGCCAAUUGAACCCCACACAGAACUGAAAGUAUGGUAUGCUGCCGAUUAUGCCAAAUUUAUGGAAGCUUCUGCGGUCUUCAUUAAAGAAGAAUCUGACAUCUGUCCAUUGUCUCCAGUAGCAAAAGAGCCUGCAGACCCAUGGAUAUGCUCCAGCUGUAGAAGCACUUUCUCAACUUUUGCUCUGCUAGAAUCUCACCAGUGCAUCCCUAAAGACCGAGUCCUUACCACCAGGUUCAGACCAACAAAUAAAUUGGGACCUGUAAGAGCAAAAAACAAACUCAAAGGAAAACUGAGAGGAGUGGCAUUAGGCAAAAGCGUUGCCCAGUGCUACGGACACAUUUCCUGCUCCUCUGCUUCAAAGCUCAGCUGUGGCAGCUCAGGGAGCACUUGUGAUGCGCUUGUGAGGUUUGUCCCUAAAUGGAGAAAUGGUCGAUCUUUGCUGAAAGGAAGAGAAGUGAAGCAAGCAGAGAGUUACCCCUGCCGACUCUGCGGGAAGGGGUUUGACUCCAUCGAGAAGCUCACGGUCCACACGUACGCGCACAAAGUGGAGCGACCCUACAAGUGUUCACAGCACGGAUGCACAAAAGCCUUCAUUUCCAAGUAUAAGCUGCUCAGGCACUCAGCCACUCAUUCUCCACAGAAAUCUCACCAGUGUGGCUACUGUGAAAAGACCUUUCAUAGGAAAGACCAUCUAAAGAAUCACCUUCAAACUCAUGACCGUAACAAGAUGGCCUUCAAGUGUGAAGACUGUGGCAAGAAGUACAACACCAAGCUAGGCUAUAAGAGACACUUGGCUCUUCAUGCAGCCACCAGUGGCGACCUUACCUGCAGGGUGUGUGCUCAGGAGUUUGGCGGUACUGAAAUUUUGUUGGAACACCUCAAAAGCCAUGCAGGGAAACCAGCUGGCAACACCAAGGAAAAGAAACAUAAGUGUGACCACUGUGAGCGUCACUUCUAUACCCGCAAAGACGUGCGGCGGCACAUGGUGGUUCACACAGGCUGCAAAGACUUUUUGUGCCAAUUUUGUGCCCAGAGGUUUGGGCGGAAGGACCACUUGACUCGCCACACGAGGAAAACUCAUUCACAAGAACUGCUGAAGAGCAGGUUGCAGAAUGGGGAUUCAGUGGGUCUCCUUGACCAGCUUUUUCCAUUCAAACUGAAGGAAGAUGCCAGCGUACUUUCCCCUUUUCCUGAAAGGGUCCCUGUGCAGAAUGGCAUUUUGAGUAGUUCAGAAUCGGAGGAAUACAACUGUUCACAUCUUCAUUCCCAGCCAAACUUACAAACUGCUCUUCCUCUUGAGCCUUCUCAUUUGCAAAGGAUGGGCUGUGCAGACAGCCUUCCAGCUGUCCAUCCCACACCAUGCUCAACAGCCAUUCCUGCCAAUCUGAACCUUCAUCAGCCUAAUAAAUAUGACCUUAGUUCUACCUCAUUUGCAGCAGGAUCCCUCAAGAAUCUACCCAUAAAAAUAGAUGUAAAAGGUUACAACGCGCAUCUUCUUGAGGACCUGCCGUUACCAGAACCUCAGUCUCUUCCCAAAAUCAGUCUGGAAGAAGCUUCCUCAGGGCCUGCAGGGGAUACUAACAAAUACCCAGUGCACAAGGAGACAGAGGCAGCAGCUGAAACUACGAGCCUGCCUUUCAUGGAUCUCACCCAUGUGAUGAGUUUCUGGCAGGUCCCACCAGGUGACAACCAGAAUGCCUCUGGGGACAUCACAAUGGCAUUUGGUCCAGAGGAGCCAUCACACAGGCUGAAUGGCCUCAGCCAACAGCAAGGUCUUCAGCUAUCACCUGGUGGGAUGGCCAUAAAUCAGCUGCAUCAUCUUCCUCGCUCCUUUCCAUCCACUACAAGUUCUGUAACUUUGCCCCAUUUUCAUCAUGCCUUCAAAUAACUAUCACCAUGUUUGCUUUAUUUUAUUUUUUUUUAAAGACUGUGCUUCUUAAAUCUGUUAGGAUGGGGUGGUUUUGGUUUGGUUUUGGGUCUGGGUUUUUUUGUUUGUUUGGGUUUUUUUAAAUGAAGAACUGCCCCAAAUGUUUUCAAGCACAUUAUGAACAUGGUAGUUAAAUUCAGGAUGUUAAUAAACAAGAAGCUCUAUUUUUCAUACUACUAUUAGAUUUUUAGAAUAUGACAAUAGUAGAACUAACACAUUUCCUUCAACACCCUCUAUAUUUUUGUACCUUGUCUUUCAUGCAAACAGCUGAAUAAAUAUAUUAGAGUAAAGCAUGGUAAACUAUGUAAACUAUGGCCACUGCAGGAGGAGAAAUAGGGUUAGGGUGGAUGGGAAGAAGGGGAAGAUCACAGAAAAGUCAUUUUAAUGAGCCAUAAAUGACAGCAAAUUUCUACACAUGGCAAAGAUAAUUUAUCAACAUCACAGAGAUUUUUGUUCAGCACUUAAUUACUGAACUAUAUGAAUCUAUAAAUCAGAAUCAUUCCAAGAUUAAAUCUUACUUCCUUGUUUUACUUUUUUUUUUUUUUUUAAUGAAGAAAAUCACUACUAUCAUCACAUUUAAGUAGAUUUUAUUUUCUGAAGUGCACUUCAGCUGUGUGCAUCUCCUGCAUUUUUUCCUAGGGCUGGAAAUACCUACCACUUCUGCAAGACUCUGUAAGAACUGAUGUCUUGUAAACGUGCAGUUGUGUUCAGAAUAGGAAGUGAAUUGUCUCAAAGGUUAGGACAAAACAUUAAUUUUUCACUUAGAGCUGGGUCUGGGAAGGUAUCAUACACUGGUCUUUCUCGCUAGUAAAACACUUCAGCAUUUGCUCAAAUUUAAGCAUCUGUUAUCCCUUUAGGUCAACAGCUUGAUUGAUUUUUAACACUCAAUAAAAAAAUAUUGAUUCCUA